AUGCUGCUGGGCCGCCAUCGCCUAGGGGCUACGCCUGCCAUUGGGGUCUUACGCUCUGCUAUUCUGGAGACCGCAUCUGCCAGACAUUGGCGUUGGGCUCUUCACUUCUUCGUAGCAGCGCCACGGGUGGUGACUCCUUCCUCCAACGCUGCGAUUGAGGCGAAUCUGCAACUUUUUGAAGAGCUCUACUUUGAAGGACAUGACCUUUCAGUUGACUCCUUCCAUGACGCACUGUCCUGCUGCAAGUUGUGGGGUCAUGAGAGCUGGGCCCAUGCAGAAAUCUUGCUGGAGCGUAUGAGAAGCGUGUGGCAGACUGAGACGACAGAUUGCUACAACUUGGCCCUGGGCAUCAUACCAUGGAAGCGAGCACUGCACGUGUUCGAUCGGAUGCGCCACCUCAACAGCGCGAGCUUCAGCAAAGUGAUUUCCAGCUGUGGAAGGAGUGAAGAAUGGCAAGCUGCCCUGGCGAUUUUCUGUCAGAUGCCGGACUAUACCCUUGACCACAGCAUUGGGGCAUACAGCGCCAUGAUCAGUGAGAAGGGUUGCCAAUGGCAACGCGCUCUCCAGCUGCAUGGCCAGAUGAGGCGACGAAACGUGGUGAGUUUGUCCUCCUGCAUCAGCGCCUUAGAGAAGGGAAGGCAAUGGCAAAAAGCUGAGAGUUUCUUGGAAUCCAUGCUGCAGGAGGGACCGGAACCCAACAUCAUUACCUUCAACGCAUUUAUCAGUGCACUGAGAGAUGCUGAGAUGCAAUGGUCCAGAGUUCUCAGAGUCCUUCAACAGCUGGCAACUUAUCCAAUCGAAGCAGAUGACUUUACUUUGGUCGCAAGCAUUAGCAGCAUAGGUUCCAGGAGAUGGAGACCCGCUCUCGAAUUGUUGGUCACUUCGAGGUCACAAAGCACUGAAUGCAAGGAAGCUGCAAGUGCUUUAAUGAACUCAUGGUUCCCACAACGCUGGAGUUAUUCCAUGGCUCUAUGGGUGACCAUGGAACAGUCACACCUUGAGACGACCAUUCCAUGCCUUGGAGGCAUCUUGUUAUCCUUAAAGGCUUCCGGGCACUGGGAGUUGAUGUCCCACCGUCUGGCCGCUGUGCCUCCGGCGAGCGGCCGAGGCGGCGGAGGCGGCCGAGUGCGCUCGGUGCUGAUCAGCGGCCUGGCACAGGCGGCGAAGUGGAACGAAGCACUGGCUUUUUUUCAGCAGACGAAGACCCUGGGUCUACAGCCCGAGAGCUCUGAACACAGCGCUGCCAUGGGCGCCUGCACUGGUCCGCAGUGGCCUACAGCUGUGGGGCUCAUGGAUCCAUUGGAACCAACGGUGAGCAGCUACAACAUGGCAAGCAGUGCCUGUCAAGAUGGAGCAUGCUGGCUUCUACCCUUGAACUAUUUGGAUGCCAUGAAGAGUUUAAGCCUACAGCCGGAUGAGCUGACCUGGAAUUCCAUAGUAAUAUGUUGCCAAAAGGCCCAGCGCUGGAGGUGGUGCCUGGAGCUCCUCCCGUCUGCGUCCAGUGUAGCCUUCACGGCCUCACUUGCUGCGGUGAGCGGAGCAAAGUGGAGCUGGGCCGUUGGGAUGUUGGAAGAUAUGGAAGACAUGGACUUUCCAUGCAGCAGCCUCUGUCUCCAAGUGGCCUUAGAUGCAUGCGCUCUCCGGCCCCAAAGCCGGCAGACCGUUGGACCUUUGUUGGAAGCCCUGCAGGUCACCGGGGCUGAUCUGCUUUAUUCCUUGGCCAAGCCGAGCAAUGGGGUGGAAAAGCGGCAGGAGCGGCCCGAUUUUCACCUCCUUUUACGGAUGGAUGAGUCAAAGUACACUUUUCCAACCAUUAAGCAUGCGGCCAUGGAGAAUGACCAUCGUUUAGACCUCCAGAUGAACGACCUCAACAAGAUUCGACAGUACAUGCCCCAAGCGGUGUACAAGCAGAUCGAGUGUGGUACCCUGACCUAUGUCAAUGAAAUGCGCAACAUCUCGACGAUUUUUAUCAAUGGAUCAGGCUUGGACAUCAUGUCGGAGCAAGGGCCAAUGAUUGCACAGGAGCUGAUGUCAUCAGUGCAGGAAUGUUGCUAUCAGCAUGAGGGCACCCUGAAUAAGUUUCUGAUUGAUGACAAAGGCAUGCUCUUCCUUUUGGUCUUUGGCUUGCCACCCUUGGUGCACACAGACGACCCGACCCGUGCUGUCUUGGCUUGCUUCGACAUGUUGAAGGUCUUCAAACGGCUGAAGCUCUUCGGCAAGUUUGGCGUGACCACCGGACGGAGCUAUUGUGGUGUUUGCGGCAGUGCCCGCCGAAUGGAGUACACAGUCCUCGGGGAUUGUGUGAACUUGUCGGCGAGGCUUAUGGCCAAUGCCCGUGAGAACACCAUUCUUUGCGACGACAACACGCGCAGACGCUCCACAACCGAGAUCAUCUUCAACGCCUUAGCUCCGAUCUACGUCAAGGGAAAGGAGGGCAUGAUUGACAUCUUCCAACCGGUGAAGAAGGAUUACAGCAAAACCAUUGGUUUGAACAAGCACCAGAUGAUCUCUUUCCCUUGGCAUCAAAAUGCCUUUGGCGGCGUGUCUUCGGGAGGUUUGUCCGUGGCGGAGCUUCAGGAGGGUGUGAUCCGACUUUGCAGCAUCAAGUCGUGGCAGGGUAUCUCCAGAGCCUCGGAACUCUUGGGUGGUGGCUUCCGAAAGGAGAUUCACAACGACAAGGAGCUGCCGAUUCCCAAUGAGCCUUCGAUGGCCUCGAAACCGCCCAAGGGGAGCCCCUUCAACGAUGGUGGCGUCCUGGUGAUCGAAGGAGCAACGGGAAUGGGCAAGAUCGAGUUGGCUGAACAUGUGGUCGUUCAUUCGCUGGUCACGUUCCGCAUGUUUCCAAUCUUUGGUUGCAUGGGACCUCGUUCCGGUGACAGCCUUCGACUGUCUCGUGACCUUCUCAGGAGCACCUUGGGCAUUUUCCGGUACACCUCCAAGACGGCAUUGCCCGAGGAUGACUUUGAGGCAGUGAAGAAGCUGAAUUCACACAAAGGUCGACGAUUAGAUCUUCUGGAACAGGCGCUUAGUCAGACAGAUGGCAUCUUCGAGAAGUCGGCGGACAUUUUGGCUUUGGCCAUUGAGGUGACAGUGGACCUUCUGACGCAGGUUUCAAAGAACGAGUCUGUCUUGCUUGUGAUGCAGUUUGAGUAUGGAACCAGUCUGUUCCCGGCCAAACUUCAAGACAAAGAUAUUUUCUGGCAGACCGUGGAGACCUUAUACAACGACUUCAUCAAGACGCAGAGCGCCGAUAGCAAGCCACGGGUGAUGGUGUUGAUUUGCAGAGAAGCACAGGAGAAGGAUAAACCCUGCCCUCCUGCUGUGCGCGCAGCGGAGCUCUCGAACACCAGAAUCAUGUUGAAUGGACUGGAAACUCAGGCAAACGUGGCUGAAUACAUGAGUAGAUACUUGAAUCUUCCCGAUGGAGAUUCGAAUCUCAUCCCCACACCGCUGAGAAAUUUCGUGGCCAAUGUGACUCAAUCGAAUCCAUUGUACAUUCGAGAGACCAUCGAUCAGUUACGGGAGCACCACAUUCAGGUGAACGAAACGGCGGGAGGAGUUGUGAAGAACGUCGAGUGCAAGGACAUCGACAAGGUGAAUGUCUCCCAAUGGGGACACACUGCCAUGAUCGGGAACACUGUCUGCGCACUUGAAGCUUUAGAUCCUCUUGAGGCUGCGGUGCUGAAGAUGAGCACCUGCUUCAUGGGACCCUUCACCUUGGGAGACUUAGCCGCCAGCACCGCUUCGAGGUGGUCAGACUCGACGCACUUUGACUUCCUGCUCCUCUUUCAGGCGAUCCGUAAACUCCUCGAUCAGAAGAUGCUGGAAGCGGUCGAAGCACCAGCUGAAGCGAGGAUGAAUUUCGUGCGGGCAGAGACAAUUGUGCAGGAUGAUGGAAAAGUCCGCGACAUCAUUACGCAGGUGAAGAAGUCCGAGGCUGAACAGGAGGCAGAGAAAAGGGAACAAAUCCUUCGAAGUUUGCCAGAGUUUAAGCGAGAUGGUCAGUCUGCUGCCGAACAGAAAGCCACUGAACAAGCCAACGAACAACAGGAGAAGGACGAUGCCGCGAAGGAGUACAAUGUGCACACCAUCGACGAGGCGGAAUUUGAACAUUAUCAGCAAAUCGAAGAUGCGGAGCGGGAGAAGAAGAGGAAAUUGAAAUCUGAGGAUGCUGAAGCAGUGGCCAUGUUUGCCGACGAGCGGAAGCGGCUGCGCGAGGAGGUGGAGGAGAAGAGGCCUGAUUUGAUCACCAUCAUGAGGCAGAAGAACAUGGAGAAAUCUGCUAGCAAAGCUACUCGAAGUGUACAAGAGCGCUUGAAAGGAAAGAUCACAGUGAAGGCAGCACAAGCACAGGCAGCCAAGGAAGCUGCAUCAGGUGUGAGUGCAUUGGCAGGCAAGACCUCUGUGCUGACUGAAGCAUCUGAAAAGGUAGACACUUUGAUUCACCAGGGACAAGAAUCGGCGGGUGCAAGGAAACUGCAACACUUCCAGACGAAAAACAUUCUGAUCAAGUCUGUGGGUGGUGCGAUGCUUCUGGAGGCUCAGAAGAAAUCCGUGAAGCGCCAGGCCUUGAUCGACCGAGCGCUGUAUCGCUACCUGCCGGAGCGGAUGAAAGAGCUGGCGGAGAAGCGGAACAAACCGCACAUACCAUGGUAUUAUGAGCAAGCCUUCCGAAGAAUGCAGACAUAG